AUGGCGGGGCCCGGAGCGGCGCUGCUCCCGGCCGUGGUGCUGGCCGUGCUGGCGCCCUGGGCCGGCCGCGGGGGCGCCGCCGCGCCCACCGCACCCAACGGCACGCUGGAGGCCGAGCUGGAGCGCCGCUGGGAGAGCCUGGUGGCGCGCUCGCUGGCGCGCCUGCCCGCCGCGGCGCAGCCCCAGGAGGCGGCCGUGCAGAGCGGCGCGGGCGACUACCUGCUGGGCCUCAAGCGGCUGCGGCGGCUCUACUGCAACGUGGGCAUCGGCUUCCACCUCCAGGUGCUCCCCGACGGCCGCAUCGGCGGCGUGCACGCGGACACGAGCGACAGCCUGCUGGAGUUGUCGCCGGUGGAGAGGGGCGUCGUGAGCAUCUUUGGGGUGUCCAGCCGGUUUUUCGUGGCUAUGAACAGCCGCGGCAAACUGUACGGCUCGCCGUUCUUCACUGACGAGUGCAAGUUCAAGGAGAUUCUGCUGCCGAACAACUACAACGCCUACGAGUGCUACCAGCACCCGGGCAUGUUCAUCGCGCUCAGCAAGACCGGCAAGACGAAGAAGGGGAACCGGGUAUCCCCCACCAUGAAGGUCACCCACUUCCUCCCCAGGCUGUGA